UUUGGUGGCCUGCGGAGAAGUGUGUACUGGAAAUGAUAUGGAGCUGGAGCUGGAAAUCCUUACACUCAGCUUCGCAGCGAAUCAUCAAAACAAAAUCUUUUGCUUCAAUUCACUCUCUCGUAUCACCAAUUGAAUGUUCUAUUCACAAAAUUGAAAAUUUCUCUACAGCAACACACUAUCGACAAGUACUUCCAAAGACUUCUUCUAGAACCUUACUCACCCCUCAAACAGUGCAUUGCACUCUACACAACUGCCCUUCUGAUUUGAUUUCUCUGAGCGUCUUCUUGUGGUGUGCUCGGCAACCACACUACUUCCAUGAUCGAGGUGCGUUUGAUCACAUGGCUAAUGUGGUCUCUCGCCUCGCCCGACAGUUGGGAACGGUGAAAGGACUUAUUAAGCAAUUAGAGGGUGUUGGAUGUGUCACAAAGCCACAAACUUUGUUGUUGUUGUUGAGAAUUUUUUGGCACGGAGGUAUGUUUAAUUUGGUUUUCGAGGCAUUUGAGGAAAUGUUCAAUUAUGGUUACACCCCUAAUACGUUUGCUCGGAAUAUUGUUAUGGAUGCGUUGUUCAAGAUUGGGCUCGUUGAUGUAGCCCUUCGAGUGUUUAAGGAGACACAGGACCCAAAUUUCUUGACAUUUAGCAUUGCCAUUUCUAAUUUAUGCAAGCUCAGUGAUUUGAUGAAUAUCCAGGAUGUGCUCAAGGAAAUGUUGAGAAAGGGGUAUUGCCUUAAUUCCGGAACCUUUUCAAUGGUUCUUAAUUGUUUUUGCAAAAUGGGUAGGCUGGCGGAGGCAUUACAACUAUUGGGUCUGAUGAUUACUUUUGGAAUUCCCACCUCCGUGAGUGUUUGGAGCAUUCUGAUUGAUGGGUACUGCAAGUCUGACAAUCUUGUUAUGGCAAGUUAUUUAUUGGAGAAGAUGAUUGAGGCCGGGUGUUCACCGAAUGUUGUAACAUGCACCUCUUUAAUUAAGGGUUUUAUGGAUUCCCAAAUGCCUGGCAAGGCAUUAUGUAUCCUCAGUACCAUGGAAUCUAAGGGAUGUUCCACUGACUUGGUCCUUUGUAACGUGUUAAUAGAUUGCCUUUCUAAGAUGGGCAGGUGCGAUGAUGCACUUGAUGUCUUCUUUAGUUUGCCGAAACGAAAACUAGUACCAGAUUCUUACACUCUUUGUUCUAUAAUGUCAGCCAUCUUUAUGUCCAGACAGUUUGAUCUUCUACCCAUACUAAUCAGUGGACUUGCUAUUCAAGCUGAUCUAGUGGUCUGUAACUCCCUUCUGAGUUAUUUUUGUAGAGCUGGUUAUCCAUCUGGUGCUAUUGAGUUUUAUAAUGACAUGAUAGAUAGAGGCUUUAUUCCGGAUGGGUAUAGUUAUUCUGGAUUACUGAGUGGACUAUGUGGAACAGGAAGGAUUGGUGAGGCAGUUAGAGUGUACUAUGCAAUUGUGAGAAACAACUUUUGUCUUGAUCCUCACAUCCAUACUAUAAUCAUAGAUGGACUUAUAAGUUCGGGUAAAUUUCACAGAGCUAUCAGGUUGUUUCGGAAAGCUGUUGCAGAGAAAUACCCACUUGAUGUUGUUUCAUACACAGUUGCCAUCCAAGGACUUUUCAGAGGUGGUAGAACUGGAGAAGCUUGUAUUUUAUACAGCCAAAUGAAGGAGGUUGGUGUAGCUCCAAAUGCAUAUACUUAUAAUGUAAUGCUCUCUGGUUUUUGUAGAGAAAGAGACAUAGAAAUGGUUAGACAAAUCCUACAAGAUAUGGUUGAUUCGGGUAUUGAACUGGACUGUAAUGCAUUUUAUAUGAUAAAGAAUCUCCUCUUGAAAUCAUGGCAUUCUCGUUCAACAUUCAAUCAAUUCAUUGAGAUGGGCAAUUCAACUUUGGUGUCUGAUAAGGCUAUUGGGGCAGUCUUGCUCAAAGGACUUGCCCUUGGUGCAAAUGUAGGUGUUAAUUUGGUGGAUGUUUUAGAGGUUGAUGCAUCGGGCUCUGAUGACAUUUGUGAUGUGGCUGCUUCAGUGGGUUGAGAUAUAGUGGUGAAAGAGCUCGACUGUAUCUAGCCAGAUAGUACAGGUUGUACAGCUCCUCUUCGGUGAAGCUUAUUAUGCCAUCAAUGAUAUUGGCUCGAUCAGGCUCGUUCAAGAUGGAUGCUACUUCUUGCGGGACAAGUUUGCCUGCUGUCUCUUUGAGGAUGCUCUCCCCCUGCAUGUAGUGGAUCUGGAUGAUGAAAACUUUGAAAAGGGAUGUCAGUACACAUUUGACCUUCAUAUGGAGAAUAUUGAUAUUAGCUUUGCCUAGAAAUGUCACGGCAAUGUGAUGGAGGACGACUCCACAUCUCCUCCAAAUUGCUAAAUGCUACGUGAGGGUGAAUUCUUCGACUUUUUUGUUUGCUAUGUAUUUGAAAUUACCAAAUGCGUGCAAGCAUAAACAUUUUUCGAUUGCAUUAUAACGGGUGCUCGUGGUUUUAGAGCAAAGGUCAUGAAUUGACAAGUAGCGCACUGGCCAAACGCCCCAAAUGUUGUCAACAGUUCCACUGUUCCGGAAACUGGAAGUAAAAAAGGGACAUGGAUUUGUAGUUAAUGAUCGGAACAGUUCAGUAGAUGAUUUCAAUCUGACCACUUGAACAGAGAGAAAAAGGCAGGGAAAUUACUGUUGCUGAUGUUUUACUUAAUUGAAAUGGUUGCAAAAAAGAUGAAGCAGACCUUCUGGUGGUAAGAGUGACACCUUGUAUGCAACUGAAACUGAUCAGAACGGCAACGGAUCAAGGCCCUGAAGGAUGAUGAAAAAUGGGUAUGCAUCGCCGCCAUCGUCAUCCCCUCCAACACCUUCAUCCCCUCUUCCAAUUAGUGUAGGACCGGGCAAUCAUAGGUAUUCCUUCUCUUCGUCUCAGUCUCCCUCGCCACCCUUCUCGCCUCCUGCUUCAAGCCAUACUUCCGCUGAGAACCUCCCGCUUCUACAUGCUGUUGUCGACAAGUCCACCCCACUCAGAGCACCGCCAUUGGCUUUUUCGCUGGAUCGUCGGAACCCUUCUGAUGAGUCGGAUUCGAGAAGUUCAUGCCUAAAAGACUUGAAUGCAGGUUAUUAUGGCUGGUGUUAAGAUGCUGCGGUUGCUGCUCUGCCUCUCCCAGAAUUCCAAAUCCGAAUCCAACCCACACACGCACCGCCGAUGUAUUACUAGCAGCCCAACUUUGUCACAUGGCUUCGAGAGAAAGAGAUUGACUUAAUGCGGUGUCCGACAAAAUAAUACAAAUUUAACAAAAUUUACUUGUAUGGAAGUCCAUCUUUUUGUUUUUCAAUUUUCUAGAUUUUUUCUUUUGUAAACCUCUUCUACAACAUAGGACAUGAAGAAUAUUUUCUUUACAAAAUGAAAAUUAACUUCCAAUUUUCCA